UAGCAAUAUUGUAUAAAAAAAUAGCCUGCUAUGAAUUAGUAAGAUAUUUUUUAACUACUAUGGAAACUUAUAUAAAGGUAAUAAUAGUAUCUCUAAUUAUUAUAGUAACAAGUUUGCAAAGUGAAGUAAAGUACUCGAGCGACGACAUGAGUUCCGGCAAUGUUUGUGUUUGUUCUUCACAAUCAUCGUUUUGUUCCUCCAACGUUUGUCUACAUCUCUCACUCCAUUGUUGUUGCCCCUUUCCCUGUUCAACUGAAACUAAACCCACAAAGAAGAGGAAACGUGUUCAUCAAGAAACUCUUCAUGUUUCAAGAAAGAACAAGACUUGGGGUUAUUCAACUGAUUUGAUGCUCUAUGAUGAUCCUUGGAAGAUAAAGAAAGUUUUGGAACAAAGUGAUGUUGGUCCAUUGAGUAGACUCAUGUUGAAUAGCGAUUUGGUCAAACAUUUUGUGCUUCCUGUUUUGUGUGCUGAUCUUGAAAACACAGAUGAUGUUGUUUGGAAAGUUGAGAACACUAAAGGUGUUCCAGUCAAGAUUUGGGAUCUUGACACCAAAUCCUUCCACUUUCUCAAUUUCCACAGAUAUAAUAAUUCAACCAAAAGUUACAUUUUCAAUGGCAGUUGGAUCCCUGAGUUUGUCUCUAGAAGGCACCUACACAAAGGGGAUGAAAUUGGUCUUCAUUGGGAUCCAUAUAGACAAUGUUUCGAUUUCUCUGUUCUUCGUGCCGCCAAUUAAUCCCUUCAUCUCUUCUACAUUAGCUGCCAUUAUUCACUUUUCUCAUUGUUAUUAGUUUUCUGUUUUUUGAGGGGUUUCUUUUUUUAUUCUUUCAUUUAUUUGUAAACAUCAAAGAUCUGUUUUGAUGUUUUUAAUUACAAACAUAAUUACACCACAACCCCUCUUAGGUUCUAACUUCAUUUGUUUGUAUUAAUACUUACUAUUACAUUACAAUAUUAGUAACACUUGUCUUCAUUGCUCAAUAAUCUGCUUCUUGAGGUCUUGCA